AUGGUCUUUCCUGGCUUUGCCGGGUCAGGGAAGACGACCGCCGCCAGCGUCAUGGUCAACGCGAUGCUGGCCAAUCCGUCAAUCAAGCGAGUCUAUGUCUCUGCCUCCACGAACGCUGCCGUCAGCCAUAUUUGCCAACGUAUUAACCAAAUUCGAGUCGAGCUCAUCAACGAUCUGGACCACACGAACAGAAUCUUACGGCUUUGCCAAGCGAUAGUUCUUCGCGGUUAUCAGCUUGAGAUUGAAGAGGAUCAAGUUAUGCAACGAUUGCGGGCUCCUCGAAACGAGCACAGAUCCGGUCUGGCUGGAAACAUUUGGCAUCCCAGUUCCUGGACGCUGGAAAACUCGUUGGCAUUCUUCACACUGCAGGCAUUGGGAUUCGUGAGCGACGAGAUUCCAGAGCUGAGCGACAAGGGCAGCCCGCCGUUAGUGGCACUUCGAGACUCCAUCGCAACGUCAGGUCAAUACGCGGGAUUAUGGAGUCUCGCAUCUGGCACAAUGACGUACGAAGAGUACCAGGCUGGACAAGAGUGCUCAAAGAGCGAUUUCCGCGACCUGCAAUGCAAGGUUGCUUCGUGUGCGUCUGUGAUAUGCAGUACCCCGGAGACUUCGGCAAAUACUUUUUUCGAGCCAUUAAAGAGGACGAGUGACGUGAUCGUCCUUAGCGCCGCGGGAGCAAUGUGUCGGGCGGACGCGAUCAAUGUUUGGGGCAAUGCAUGCCGCCCCUGCAUCAUCGUCGGAGACUGGAGGCAAAUGGAGCCGGCCAUACUUUCCGCGAAAGAUACGUUUGGCCUUGGCGACAACUGCUUCCAGAAGACUGGAGAGACCGUCAUCCCUCGCAACAGAUUCGCGAAGGACGGGCAGGCGUCCGUACUGGAACACGUCAUGAGAAUCGGACACCCCGUAUGCAAUCUGGACCAUCAGUAUCGGAUGGCCAUCGGCCAGUUUGAUCUGGCCCUGAAGGUUGUAUACGGGGAAGUCUCAAAGACGUACACAUAUGACGACUCGACAAGGUAUAACGAGGAGCAAAAUGGCUUCGCGUUGAACUUGUUCCGCGGUCUUUGUGGAGCCGGGAUCCCUGAGCAAGCUAUCAAGGUCGUCACUACCUACGGCGAGAACAGGCGACACUUGGAGAAUUUAUUCCGAGAGGCGUUUGCGAAUGUUGCGUGCCACACUGUUGAUUCGUUCAACGGGGGCAUUAGCAGGAUUGUAAUUCUCGUGCUUUGCGUCAACCGGGCUUCUGGACCCUGCUUCAUGAAGGACCCUCGCCGUCUGGCCGUCUCCAUCACCCGACACACGGACCACCUUCUCGUCAUUGGGGACAUACAUACAAUGUCCUCCUAUGAUGGCAUUGUAGGUAAAGAUGACGACUCCGAUUACGAAGAAAGGCGCAAUGGCCCCCUGGCUCGGAUGCUUUCGUGGUUCUCGAAGAAGCGUCGAGUAGUGAUCAUUGACGAUGCUGCCCGGGGAGAUGAUCCACGGAACACGGUGAAGACGUACAGAACGUUCCAAAAGGGCGUGGGCUGGGUUAUACCCGACAACUCUUCGAAUUCGAGGCGCGAGGACAAGGGUUCGACGAGUGCGCCGAACUCUGAGGGCAGGCCGUGAUCAGGAUGUAGGGCCGGACGGCGAACAGGUACCUACUGCUAGCCUGAC